CGAGCCGGAGCGAGUCAAUCAAGUCGCAAAUCCGAAAACCAAAGAACUCGCUCCGCCGAUACGAUCAGUCCGUCCGCCAUUCGAGCUUCCGGCUUGAAGAUUCCUGUUCUCUGGCAUUUCGGGGACGAAUCCGGGGCGCGUCCGCGAAACCCUAGAAGAAGCGGAAGCACGAUUGCAGAGGUCAGUUUGCAAUUCAAGCUAGCGUCGCUCGAUCGCGUUGCCGGUCUCGUCCGCGUUCGGUUCGAUUAGGCUCGCGGCUCAGUGGAAACGCCGCUCGUGUCGGCCCAGCUGCUCCUGCUUGCUGCUACCUGUAAAAAGCUUUGCACUUUUUGCUGAAUUUACUGCGGCUGCGAUGCGGAAGUAGAUUUUUCUGCUGUUUUGUUAGUGAUGCUCUCGUAUUCAGGCUAGGAGGUUGGCUGAAGGUUGGAGUUUCUCUUGAUUUUUCGUUGUUUUGGUUGCUGUAGUUACCAGAAGAUGUUAUCGUUUUGGGGGUGUCUCGACUUGGCAGAUUGAUCGACCGAUAAUUGUGGAGUUCAAUGAGUAGUGGCAGGGAGAGGGCCCUUGGAGUUGGGGUUCAGCAUGUCUUGGAUUAUCUUAAACGGAUGCAAGCGGAGAACCCGGCAUUCUUUUAUGCAGUCGAGGGCGAUAAUGACCAGUCCGGCGGAAGCAUAUUCUGGGCCGAUGUGACGGCCAGGACGAACUAUACAUACUUUGGUGACACUGUGACGUUCGACACUACGUACCGGACGAACAGGUACAGGGUGCCUUUUGCAUCGUUUACUGGGUUGAAUCAUCACGGGCAACCGGUUUUGUUUGGCUGUGCGUUGAUUCUGAAUGACUCGGAGUCCUCAUUCAUUUGGGUGCUCCAAACUUGGCUUCAUUUGAUGGCCGGACGGUAUCCUAUCUCUAUCACGACCGAUCCCGACGGAAUUAUCCAGGUAGCUGUUUCACAAGUUCUUCCUGGUAGUCGCCACCGUUUUUGUAAGUGGGGCAUAUUUAGAGAAACUCAAGAAAAGCUGGCAGACCGUUACCAAUCUCAUCCCACUUUUGAAUUUGAAUUUAAAAGAUGUAUAAAUGAGGCUGAGACAAUUCAGGAGUUUGAAGCAUCCUGGGAGUCACUGCUGCAAAGAUAUAACAUCACAGAUAAAGAAUGGCUUCAGUCAAUCUAUAGUGCUCGGGAGCAAUGGGUGCCACUUUACAUGAGAGACGCCUUUUUUGGAGAUUUAGGCUUGGCAGAUAGAAGUGAAGGUUUGAACACUUUUUUUGGUGGUCAUGUCAAUGCAUCGACGACCAUACAGAUGCUAAUUAAGCAGUAUGAAAAAGCUGUAGCAAAUUGGCAUGAAAAGGAACUAAAAGCUGAUUAUGACACUACCAAUACUUCACCUGUUCUGAAGACACCAUCUCCUAUGGAGAAACAAGCUGCCGGGUUAUUUACAAGAAGAAUCUUUAUGAAAUUUCAGGAGGAGUUAGUCGAGACCCUUGCUAAUUCUGCAACCAAAAUUGAGGAUUCAGGAGGCGUCAGCACUUAUCGGGUGGCAAAAUAUGGGGAAGAGCACAAAGCACACACUGUUAGUUUCAAUUCUUUCGAAAUGAAAGCCACUUGCAGUUGCCGAAUGUUUGAAUAUAGUGGAAUCAUUUGUAGACAUAUCCUGGCAGUUUUUAGAGCAAAAAAUGUUUUGACACUGCCCUCUCAAUAUAUAUUGAAAAGAUGGACUAGAAAUGCCAAGAGCAGUUCCAUGACCGAUGAGAAUGCUCCUGAAGUACCUGUUGGUCCUCAAGAAUCUCUAACUGUGCGGUAUAAUAAUUUACGCCAGGAAGCAAUUAAAUACGUAGAGGAAGGAGCAAAGUCCAUCUACAUUUAUAAUGUGGCGAUGGAUGGUUUACAAGAGGCUGCUAAGAAGGUGGCUGCUGUGAAAAAUAAAGGUCCUGGAGCUGCACUGGAUGGAAAUCUGGCAAAUGGUAGUAGUAAAGAGUUUCAUACCUCUGGAGAAAAUCACAUGUUGACAUUUCAAUCUGUGGAUGAGAAGAAAAAGAAAAUUCGCGAGUUGACUGUUGCGUUGGAAAGUACAAAUCAAAGAUGCGAAGUUUAUCGGACAAACCUUCUGGCUAUUUUGAAAGAUAUGGAAGAUCAGAAGUUAAAGCUCUCUGUGAAGGUCCAAAAUGCUAGGCUCAGUCUCAAAGAGUGACCGUGUUGGGGGAGAAUUCUUCUUGUAGCUGUAUGUUUCUUAGCUUUUCAUCAUGGUACUUAUCAGAAACUCACUAAUGAAUGUGCUUUAAGAGAAAGGUGAGGUUGGUGGGUCACGAAAGUUCCGAUUCCGUGCCUUUCCCGUGUGCUUGACAAAGGUCAGAUUGUCGCACCUGAUGUUAUGACAAGUUACAUCCAGUAAAUACUAUGUGCCUUAACCAUA